AUGGCACGUACAAGGAGAUUCGCUGCAAGAAAAGCUUCAACAAGCUCUACAACGCCUACCCACGAAACACAAAAUGUAUAUCCCACUGAGAGCCUAGAAAAUGUUAUUCAAGGGGUGGAACAACAGCCCCAUGAAAUGGAAGGCCAAGAAGCUCAAGUUUCAGGUCGUUCCCAACAACAAAAUGAAAGACCACCUUCCUACAAGGCCAAGAGGGUUUGCAACAAAUAUUGGCUGGUUGAUGUCAUAGAUGAUCAAGGAAGGACAACUGAGGAAAAAUUGCGCGUCAGGGAUGUUUUGGUACUUGCUGAACACAAGAAAGUGGUGGUGCUAUGGAGUGAAGAGAAUCAGCCUGUUGCUGAUGGCGGCUCACUAUUGAAUGGUUUUUUAGGACAUCUUGCAUGUAACACUAAUGUAUUUCCAAUAUAUUUUGAUAGGUGGCCUAGUGUACUUCCCUCGUAUAAGACUACUGCUUGGGAGACCAUUCAGAAAAAGUUCCAGCUCCAUCAUGCUGACCACUAUGAAUAUUGUAUGGAAAAUAUGGGAAAGAAAUGGAAGGACAAUAGGUGGAGGUUAUGCUCCUAUUAUUAUAACAAAAAUGCAAGUUUUGAUCAAAACUUGGAAAACUAUCCUGAAGGUUUGACUCAAGAACAAUGGGCUGGUUUUUUGGCCUAUAAGUUAAGCGAUGAAGCCAAGAAAUACAGUGAGAUAAACACUAGAAAUAGAGCAAAACAAACGAUUAUGCAUACCCUUGGAUCAAAAAGCCUUGCAAGUUUAAGAUAUGACCUGGACCAAUUACUAGCAGAGAUAAAGGAAACAUCUUCUGAAGAUGAAGCCUAUGAACGUGUCUUUGGUAAGGAGCACCCUAGACGCGUUAGAGGAAUGGGGUUCGGGGUGGUUCCAACUCAAAUGCGUAAGCGUUCUCACGAUUUUGCAUCAUUUUCUAAUGCUGGUCCUUCGCAAGAGGAGUAUGAUUCUCUCAAAGAGGAACUCGACACUUUGAAAGGGAAAAUGGGAGAACUGGAUAUCUUGAAAGCACAAAUGGCAUCAAUUAUGCAACAAAUGGUUGCUCAACAAAAUUUUCGUAUAAAUGAGGUUACAGAUUUGGGCUCUCCAGGAGUCAGAAGAUCUUCUCAUGCUAGUCAUAACCCACACAGUGAAGGACCAGAUUCAUCACCUCAUAUUCCACCUCCACCACCACAACCUUAA